ACUCAUUUUAUUAGUGCUGCAUUAAAGACUAAUAGUUUUCAGCCUGGUAGCAUGCUUCCUUCCAGAGCAGUGGAAAAGUAUUCUGUAAAACCAGAACAUCCUCAUCUUGGUAGCAGCAAUAUGUCUUCACAUCACACAUGUACUUCCAAACAAGAGUUUGAAGAUAUGGAUUUUAAUGAACAAAAAUCUCCUUUGGAGACACCAGCACCUCGCAGGUUUGCUCCUGUACCUGUUUCAAGAGAUGAUGAAAUGUCAAAGAAGGAAAAUCCCAUAGAAGAAAAAGAAAACAUGGAAAUGUUAGGUCAGAGAGGAAAUGUAAGACUGUURGAACAGAUUUUGAAUAAUAAUGAUUCUUUGAUAAAGAAAAAUGAAUUGUUAGACAUAACCUCACUAACUAGGCCGACAAUGGAAUGGAAACUUGAGAAAAAAAACAGCAUUGGAACUCUUCCUUCUCAAAGAUUUCCAUCCUAUGAAGAUCUAGGCACAUCUAAAAUGACUAUGCAGAAGUCUAAUGAUGUUCUUCAUGAUCGUGGCCAAAAGAAGAAAGAAACAAAUGACAUGCUCCAGCAGAAAGACUUGCCAAUUAUGAUGAGGCUUGCUGAUCUUCCACAGAAUUCUGUUAAGCUUCAAACAGCCAAUACCACAAGAUCUGUAUUGAAAGAUGCUGCGAAGAUUUUGAGAGGAGUACAAAACAAUAAAAAAGUACUUGAAGAAAACCUAGAAGCCAUUAUUCGUGCAAAAGAUGGAGCUGCUAUGUACUCAUUUAUCAAUGCUUUAUCCACAAAUAGAGAGAUAUCAGAGAAAAUUAGGAUCAAAAAGAUAGUAGAUGAGUGGAUUAAAACUAUUUCGGCAGAAAUUCAGGAUGAAUUGGCAAGAAAAGAUUAUGAAAAAAAGARAUCUGAUCUUAAGAAUCAAAGGACCAAGAAAGCUCAGAAUAUGAGUAAAGAUACUAAAACCAACACAAAAGACAAAACUGUGAACAGGCCUAUAAUUCCAAGACAGCAUUCUCAAAAACAAAUAGAGGAACAUUUUAGAAGUCCACCUAUGAGGAGAAGCAUGCCUGCUUCAGGUGUACAGAAAGAAAGAAAAGAAGGGCAUUUAAAAUCAACCACAGUGAUACAAGAUGAUGAUUAUAUGUUACAAAUAUAUGGAAAACCUGUUUAUCAGGGUCAUCGUAGCACUCUUAAAAAAGGACCAUAUCUCAGAUUUAAUUCUCCAUCUCCUAAGUCCAAACCACAGAGACCAAAAGUAAUAGAACGAGUUAAAGGCACUAAAGUAAAAUCAAUAAGAACACAAACUGACUUUUAUGCAACAAAAUCUAUGAAGAUGGAUUCUAAGAUACGACAUYCCAUUACUACACCACCUCAUGGUGAUCAGCAAUAUUUGUUCAGCCCAAGCAGAGAAAUGCCUACUCUUUCAGGUACACUGGAAGGUCAUCUAAUUCCUAUGGCAAUUCUUUUAGGACAAACCCAAAGUAAUAGUGAUUCCAUGAGGCCUACUGGAGUAAUGGUAAACAAGCCACACCCUAUAACUGUGACAACUUCUAUUCCUCCAUCAUUUCGAAAAUCAGAAAYUGGGAUAAAGAAACCCAACAUAGCAGUUGUGGAAAUGAAGUCAGAAAAAAAAGAUCCUCCUCAACUUUCUGUACAGGUAUUACCCAGUGUAGACAUUGACAGCAUUUCAAAUGGUAGUGUUGAUGGUGGUUCAUCUCUGUCAAGUCCCAAAGAAGCCUCUCUUCCUCAGCUGCAGACUUGGAUUCAGACUCCACAAUUUAUGAAGGUAGAUGAAGAAGAUGAGAAGUUUCCAGGGAGUAACUUUGAUGAAGUAAUCGAUGUUAUACAGGAAGAGGAAAAAUGUGAUGAAAUCCCAGAAAGCUCUGAACCAUUACUAGAAUUUAACAGAAGUGUUCAAGUUGCUUCUACAAAGUAUAAUGGUCCUCCAUUUCCGCCAGUUAUUUCUACUUUUCAGCCCACUACUGAAAUUCUGGAUAAAGUAAUUGAGAGAAAAGAAACGUUGGAAAAUAGCUUAAUUCAGUGGGUAGAACAAGAAAUAAUGUCAAGGAUUAUCUCUGAGCUCCAUCCAAUCCAGCAGCAGGCCAGACUUAAUGCCAGUGUUUCAGUCAGUGAGGCAAGUGAACCAAUGACCUCUGACAUUGUGGAAGGAACAAGCUAUGGUGCUCUCCAGCUCUUUGUUGAUGCGGGGGUUCCUGUCAAUUCGGACAUGAUUAGCCAUUUUGUGAAUGAAGCUUUGGCUGAGACCAUUGCUGUCUUGCUGGGUGACAGAGAAACAAAGAAGCAAGAUCCUGUGGCUACAAGUGUUUCUGGUGAUGUUUUAUCAAAGGAAACAUGUUUUCCGGCAAGAGUGUGUACCCCUGUGGCUACUCCACAGCCUACACCUCCUCGAUCACCUUCAUCACCUCCUAAGGACCGGGUGUUAGUGAAAACUCCARAUUCUUCUCCAUGUGAUUCAGAUCAUGAUGGGGCUUUUUCUGUAAAAGAUGUAUUUCCUGAAAAAGGACAUGAUAUGCCUGCCAUUACACUUGUGAAUACUCCAGCAAUUACCCCUACUCCUUCGCCUCCUCCAGCAGCUGCAGCUGCUCUUACCCCAACUUUGUCAGAGAUUUCCAUUGAUAAAUUGAAGAUAUCAAGCCCAGAGCUUCCCAAGCCAUGGGGGGAUGGAGACCUGCCACUGGAUGAGGAGAAUCCUAACUCUCUAUUAGAAGGAUUUGUUCACCCAAGGGCUAUUGUAAUGUCUGUAGCUAAAGAUGAAGAACCUGAGAGUGUGGAUUUUCCUGCUCAGCCUGCACCUCCAGAGCCAGUUCCCCUUACACCAUUUCCUGCAGCCACCAAGGCUCCUUCUCCCUUACAGAUGCCAAGUUCUGGUUCCUCUACAAUGGAGAGCACUUUGAGCAUUACUGUCACUGAAACAGAAACUUUAGAUAGACCCAUCUCUGAAGGAGAGGUUUUAUUUAGCUGUGGUCAAAAAUUGGCUCCCAAGAUUUUAGGAGCUGGAGAAAUAUAUCUGACACACCUAAAUGAUAGCUUAUCUAGCACUUUGCAAGAUGCUCUUGAAAUGGAAGACGAUCCUCCCAGUGAAGGACAGGUGAUUAGGAUGCCCCAUAAAAAGCUUCAUGCAGAUGCAAUUCUUUCUCUCCUUACUAAACAAAAUCAAGAAUUAUUAGUUUCACAGCAAUCAGUCUAUCACUCAGAGGACUUGGAACACAGUGUCGGUGAACUCAGUGAAGGACAAAGGCCCAAGCUGACAGCAGCAGCAGAAAAGGUCCUGAAGGGACAGUCUCUGUUUAUGCAACAGCCUGUUGCUAACGCAGAGUCUGUGGAUCAACCAUGUGAUCCAAAGCCAUUUUUUCAGCAGUUUGACACAGUUUCAGGUGGUAUUUAUGAAGAUUCAUGUGCUAGUCAUGGUCCAAUGAGUUUGGGAGAGCUGGAGUUGCAGCCAAAUACUAACCUCGUCCUUCCCACAACACUUUUGACAACACAAAAAAAUGAUGUUAAUUUACAGGAGGCAGCCGAAGAUUUUUCUCAGUAUCAACAAAAGCAGGAUGAGGAUGUUAAAGAAGUUGAACACAAGCCAGUAAAAAGUCGUUUAAUACAUGUGAGAAGUAAAUCUGAUAUUACACUUUCACCACAAGGUGAUAUGGAUCGAACACAAAUUGAGCCCAGUCUGUACCUUGCAUCUGUAUUUACAAGUGGUGAGGCAAUGCCACUCUUCACUCCUCAGAUGUCUCCUGCUAAGAUGUCUGUGACGCUGCCCUCGAUGAAACCUGAGGAUUGCUCUCAGUCCCUGAGCAUCAGCACCAUACAGGGGGAUGUGGAGUCCUCAGGGGCAGAUACCUUCUGAGUGGGGAGUGAGAACCAGCAUAUUUAUGAAGGCAUUUCACUUUGGCUUAAAACUACCCCCUCAAGCUGUUUUGGUCUUUGAGCAUAUUCUGAAAAAACAUUUCUAACUUUUUUUUAUUCAGAUGAAAAGUACA